AUGCUCGUCCCACAGACAAACACAAUGACCAGCCAGGUUCAAUCUCUCGAACAGGAGAUCGAGCCCGACAAAGACCAAGACUGGAGCCAGUCCCUGCGUGCCGGCCCGGAAUGCCUCGCCAUCCUGGGGGGAGUGUAUCCUUCUCACGACGAGGCCGAGCGUGACCGAUGGGCCGAUGCUCUCCGCGAACCUCACCUAUUGCGCCGAUGCCCGGCGAAGAAACAUUCCGUCUCACGGCCCGGGGGGAUGAAGAAGGUGGCCGCGUGGACGGAUGAGAUUUCGAAAGCCUUGGGGGUCUGGUACGUAUCUAUCUUUGCCUCUACUGAUCUUAUUGCUAUGUCUGUCCCUUCAGCGGUGACCGCAGCGAGAGAUGAGUAUCUACUGGGCAUGGUGGAACGGGGCGAGGAGCUCGUUGCGGACUGCAGAAAUGAGCUGGAGAAGAUCGAUACCUCGUUUGAGGAGUGGUACAAGGUGACCAAGGCGCUGCAUUAUGCCUUGCAGGCGAAACUUGGUGAGUGCCGCACGCGCAGACAGGAGCAAGAGACCGAGGAUCAGAUCAAGCAGUAUGAAAUUGAGAGGACAUUUAGUGAGAAGCAGCAGAUGAUCGUGGAGGAGGGAGCGCGGGAGAGACAGAAGAAAUACGACAAGAUUCUUGAGCGACGAGAGCGGUAUGAUGAGAUGGUUACUGAUCUUGGUCUUGGUAUUGGUAGCAUCAUCGGCAAGAUGUUCAAGUGCGUUGCGGGAGGCGCGGUGCUCUUGGCUGUCGGCUACGUACACUACAGAAGCCUGAGUGCAGAGCUGUACAGCGCGGAAGAAGCCCAGGCAAAGAGAGAUAGGGAGCUGCAUGAGCUUGAGGUGUCGCAGGCAAAGCUAGAGACGGCUGUGGCUCAUCUCAGCACCGAGUCCAAGUCCAUUGAAGAAGUUGCACGGAUUGUGGAAGAGUCCAUCCAAAAGGUCAUGGAACUGCAGGGACUAAUCCGCACAUUCAUGGAAUUCCUCCUUGAUCUCAAUGCCAUCAUCAGCAACACUGUCAGCCGCAGCAAGCUGGUAUACGACACCAUGAGCAACAGGGAUGGUCUGAAGGAUCCCCUGAUCAAAAAGGACCUGUGGGAGAAUGCUCUCGCCAUGAAGAUCAGAUUCAUAUUCGUCGCGAAAGCGUCUCACAUCUACAACGCGGUUUCGAAAGAAUUCAUCGAGCCAACAGCGAACCGAUUCCAGGGGUUACGCCGUCUGAACAAAGCCAAUGACGAAGAACUGCGGCAGGCAAUUCACGAGCUGUAUGCCCUGAGGCGUGGAGUUUGCGAUGGGACCGAGAGACUGGCGAGUAGGAUGCACCAGGAGCUGAAGGAUGCUCUAUCGGAUGUGCCGACGCUCGCCGCGGGAGGUUCUGAAGAUAUCAAAACGCGGAAUGGGGAAUGGGACUAUGUGUCGCGGCCUCAGCAAGUUGACCAGUGA